AAUUUGCAUCCAGGCUGGGUAGGGAGAGGAAUAAACUACUCGCUUGACAGACAGGGGGUGGGAUUUGUUACCCACCUGCCCCCAUUCAGAGCAGAGCUGGAAGGAACGCUGAGCGUCCUCUCCUCCCGCCCCACAUUUGGCGUUUGAGGGAAAACCUGCUGGAAGGAUUCCCAUCGCCAAAUAUAGCAGAGUCUGUGCGCAUGUGCGGGUUGAUUAAUCUGAGUGAAGAAAGGGGGUGAGCGGAUUCAGACAGGGUUGAACUCCGAGCUUGGCUUCUGUUGCAAGGCAUGGAUGGUCUUGCAGGCAACAUCACACGCCACCUCUUUGCUGUAGCUCCCACCAUCUGGCUUUUAAGUGGAUCGUGAUGUUACGAGAGUGCAGUGAGAGACUCGGGCUGGCCCAGAUGUCUCUGCAUUGGUGGAUCCUCUUGGGGGCAGCUGUGCUCCCCCUAGUGGGCUGUGCUGGUUCUUCCUCCCACUCCCUGAGCUAUUUCUACAUAGCAGUUGGGGAGCCUGGGCUGGGGCUUUCCCAGUUCUUCAUUAUGGAGUCUGUGGAUGACCAGGUCAUGACUCAUUAUGACAGGAACACCAGGAGGUACCUGCCUCGAGUGCCGUGGCUGAAGCAAUUGGAGGAUGACGACUACUGGGAGUCGGAGACCCUGGUAUCGCAGAAUGCGGAGCAGGACUUCAGAGUGAACCUGGUGAUCCUGCAGAACCGCUACAACCAGAGCGAGGGGGUUCACACCCUGCAGUGGACAUACGGCUGCAAAUUGGGUGAAGAUGGACGGAAAGGAGGGCAUAUGCAGUACGCCUACAAUGGGAGGGACUUCAUCAGCUUGGACAUGGUGACCCUCACUUGGACGGCAGCCAACGUCGAGGCGCAGGUGACAAAAAGGAAGUUGGAGGCUGAGCCGAGCUAUCCUCGGUACCUGAAGAAUUACCUGGAGAAGGACUGCAUUGAGAGGCUGCAGAAAUACCAGGAUUACAGGAAGGGAGCGGUGCGGAGGCAAGAGUCCCCGACGGUGAAAGUAGCACGCAAGACAGGCUACGGUGUGCUGGAGACCCUCAUCUGCCAGGCCUAUGGUUUCUACCCCAAGGAGAUCGAUGCCUCCUGGAGGAAGGAUGGAGAGAUCUGGGAGCACGAGACCCUCCGUGGGGGAGUCACUCCCAACUCAGAUGGGACCUACCACACCUGGCUUAGCAUUGAGAUCAACUCCUGGGAGAGGGAACACUACCGGUGCCACAUCGAGCAUGAUGGACUGCCAGAUCCUCUGGAUUUGGCCUGGGAGGAGCCUGCUGUGAUACACUGGGUGGCCCUGAUGGCUGUGCUUGCCGUGCUGCUGGUGGUUAGUGCCUUGCUGCUGGUGAUCAUUCUCUACAUCCGGAAACUGAAAAGAUGACUACAAAGAAACAGCAAGUGAGCGACAGCAAGCAUUUGAGUGCUGGAUGCAUUGACAGAGCACGCACUACAUUGCUGUCACUCAGCCUGAGCGGGGAUGUGGUGUGGCUGGCGGAGCCCAAUACAAGUGAUUUUUUAAUUCUCCUUUUCCUUCUUAUGUGUGUCCCUGUUUCCUGACAAGGAAAGAGAGUAUGUCUGUGGCAGAAAUGAUACUGUGCUUGAUCUUUGGGGGUCUGCAUUUCUCCCAGGGUGGAGAUUACAAUAUCUGACCCUGCAAAAGCCCAGAACUGCUCUCUGUGACUCAUGUUUCUUGUUCUGACAUUAACAUACAGAGAUUUUAUGUGACAUCGUGACCCAUGGCUUCGUUUUGUGUAGGUGACCUCGAUGAAUGAUUUGAGUCUGUUAUCCAUUUGGUGUCUGAGAAGUCAGAAGAGUGAAUUCUCCAACAUCCUUAAGAGCUCCUGCCAGACUUCAGCAGUGUUUGUUACACACUACCCAGUCCUGCCUCUCACUCAGCACUGGCUCAGUUCUACAUGUCGCCUGCAUUGCACUGGAUUGACAUUAUCUGAAGCACCCACCUCUCCAUUCCUACUCAGCCAAUCUGCAUUUAGUGUAAUACAUGUGACUUCUUAUAAGCAUGUUUUGCCUAGAAUAGGCCUAAUCUAACCGUAGCCUACCGUUUGUCAAAAUCCAGCAUGCCAUAGUAGUUAGAGUGUCAGACGAAGACUGAGGAGACCCAGAUUCAAAUCCCAUGAAACUCUCACUGGAUGACUUUGGGCCAGUCACUCACCUUGCGGCUUAACCUACCUCACAGGGUUGUUGUGCUCCUGAAAGGAAGGACAGAAUAUACAUCAGGGCCUGACAAAUCCCAGGCAACAGAAAGCCAUGGCACUUUGAGGAGGAGAUUAGUUAUUUAAUAAAAUAUUUAUUUGUCUCCAGCA